AUGGCAAGUAGAGAUGCUAGCAUGAAACAGAUCUGUACAUAUCAUGAUGUGGUCGAGUACCUGAACAUCUCCUCCAAGAAGGAACUCCUUUUAUAUUCUAUACCAAAGAAGAAUUGGGAAGAGACUUUGGAAGUUGGCCUUGAUUUCACUCUCAUCUCCAUUCUUUCGGUGGUCUGGAAAAAUGAAUUUAUCAGCUGGAACCCUUUGGACUUCUGUAACAUUACCAGUAUCACUCUUCCUGUGAACCUUUUUUGGACUCCUCACAUUUUCAUAGAUGAACAGGCAGAUGAAGAUAAGUACAUGGUUAGCCAUUUUAUUGGUGUAUCCUUUGAUGGCUCCAUUUCUUUAUUUCAAGCACAUCAGCUCACAUCUGCCUGCAACUUGGAUAUCCACCCAUUUCCUUUUGAUGAGCAAAAGUGCAACUUAACUAUAGUGCCAACAUUACAUGAAGAAAAUGAAGUGAAGAUGAAAAGCGUUAAAACUUCCCAAAAGACAAACCAAGACAGUCGCCGCCAUUAUUUAGCCGGUGGAGAGUGGAAGUUUGAGAAUGUGAGGAUCACUGAGGAAGCUCAAAUUUAUGGCGUCUCCAAAUACAGUUCAGUCAUCUAUGAGAUUGCUAUGAAGAGGAGAUCCAUUCUACAUGAAUUAAUUGUGAUUCUGCCAAUAUUUGUUCUCUUUUUGCUGGAUAUGGCUAUUUCUUGCGCUUUUUGCUCUCCUACAGAAAAGAUUGCCUUCAAAGUGACCCUGAUCUUGCAGGUUUCAUUUUUGUCUACGAUGCUUAUUGACAAGCUACCACCAACAUCAGAUUAUCCACCAGUAAUAGCAAUAUUUUUUACUGGAAUCUUCGCAUUUAUGGUCCUUGGCAUCCUAGAGAAUGCCUGCAUGGAAUAUUUCAAGGAGCAGAAUUCAAAGUUCCCAUCGUUCAAGACCAAGAACUUUAUAAGAAAAUUCUUGCGAAAGGAAAAAAUAAAAGCAGAGGACUCUGUCACGGAUGUAGGAGAAGAGAUAGUCAUGGAGAACAAACCAACAAGGGAGUUUCCUUUGGUGGAAAAUGACAACACAGACAGCCUUGUGUUUCUGAAACAGCUGAGCCUGGAGCUGCAACAGAUCAAGAAGCACCUGGCUCUGGAAGAAGGCAAGGAGGUUUCUGGCCCUGCCAUACAGGACAAAUAUGUCCAUUUGGGGAAGUGCCUUUGUUAUAUCCGCUUGAUCUUAUCCCUUGGUUUUAUAGCCUUCAUUGUGGUGCAGUGGACAAGCUGA